CAGAUUCGGGACGUUAUGAUGCCGUAUACUGGGGGAUCGACAUGGCUGACUGACAAACCCUUGGAGUACAAGCUAAUGGAUGUAAGAGUUUUUUUACAUUUACAGAUCUGACUGCUACCUUCUCACUGGGGACAAAAAAAAAGCAAGGAUUUGGAACGUACUAUGAGCAGCACAUUCCACCCCUGUGCAGGGGAAGGAGUCUGUGUUCCUUUGUGUUCUUCGUUGGCCGCGUUUCUCCUGUCUGGGAAUAUCUUGAGAUUAUAAACAGGAGUUGGCUCCGACAUUUUAUUCCUGUUCCACUCAUCCCUCAGAGCUCCCACCAUCACCAAAGCAAACGGACCAGAGAUCUGAGAAAAAGCCUGUGGGUGACGUUAGCCGACAUCCACCGGGUGCAGGUGGCUGAUUCCUCAGCUUUCUUGUAAUUGUGGACAGGAGGAAGUAGCUCAUAGACAGUGGAGUCAGACAGGUGCUUCUCUGGCUGUCAGCCUCUCUGGGAGGACCAAGCGGUGAAAAGGAAAAGCCUUCUCUUGGGGGGCCUCGUUCUGUGGAUCCAACAUGGACUCUAUGGCCUGAUUGCACAGCCCUGCUAUUCAGAUAGUGCUGGAGGGAAGGGAUAAUGCAUAUCCUUCCCAACCUGGAACAAGAAGCCACCAUGAGCAACGUCACAGUCACUGACAACACGGAACCUAUCAGCCGCACUAUGAGUCCGGCAACCCCGAUCCCGUUUCCCUAUCCUGUUAGUUUUCAAGUCUCCCUGACUGGCUUCCUCAUGCUGGAAAUCCUCCUGGGGCUCAGCUCGAACCUCACUGUGCUUGCCCUCUACUGUAUGAAGUCGAACCUCAUUAGCUCUGUCAGUAACAUCGUCACCAUGAACCUCCAUGUGUUGGACGUGCUGGUAUGUGUGUGCUGCAUCCCCCUCACCAUCGUGGUGGUGUUGCUCUCCCUGGAGGGGGACACUGCGCUCGUCUGCUGCUUCCAUGAAGCCUGCGUCUCCUUCGCGAGUGUUGCCACCGCUGCUAAUGUGCUCGCCAUCACCCUCGAUCGUUACGACAUCUCAGUUAAGCCAGCUAACCGGGUCCUGACCAUGGGCCGAGCCCUGUCCCUGCUGGCUUUCAUUUGGGUGUUAUCCGUUGUUAGUUUCCUUGUACCCUUUAUUGAAGUGGGCUUCUUCGCCCAGGGCCAGGCUGAGCUGAACCAGACAGUGGUGGACAAUGUGGUUCACACCAACCAGUACUAUACAGAACUUGGCUUGUAUUACCACUUGCUUGCUCAGAUUCCUAUUUUCUUCUUUACUGCAGUUGUCAUGCUCAUCACCUAUUCAAAGAUCCUGCAAGCACUCAAUAUUCGCAUUGGCACACGUUUCCACAAUUCACAGAAGAAAAAGGCUCGCAGGAAAAAGCAACCAUCCAUGACGGCCAUGACAACGCAGCAAGAGGCCACUGAGGGAUCACAGAGCAGUGGCAGCCGGAUGCCCACACUGGGCAUGCGUACCUCUGUCUCUCUAAUCAUUGCCCUGCGCAGGGCUGUUAAACGCCACAGAGAAAGGCGAGAACGCCAAAAAAGAGUUUUCAGGAUGUCCCUCCUGAUAGUGUCUACUUUCCUCCUGUGCUGGACACCGAUCACGAUACUCAACACAAUCAUCCUGAGUGUGGGCCCCAGUGACCUGAUGGUCAAGUUAAGACUUGGCUUCCUGGUGAUGGCUUACGGGACCACUAUCUUUCACCCUCUACUCUAUGCCUUCACGAGGCAGAAGUUCCAGAAAGUCUUGAAAAGCAAGAUGAAGAAAAGAGUUGUGUCCAUCAUCGAGGCAGAUCCUACACCCAAUAACGCCAUCAUCCACAACUCCUGGAUCGACCCAAAGAGGAACAAAAAGGUGACAUUUGAGGACAAAGAUGCCCGACAGAAAUGUCUGUCUUCUGUGGAUGUGGAGUGAAGGAACCCAUCAAUUACUCCGUCAAUAAAAGCAGCUAAAACAUCAGGUUAUGAUGAAAAAGGGAAAACAUUAAUCCAAAGCAGUAAUGUAAAUAAUAUAUGUAACAGAAUGUACAAAAAGAAGAGGUGGAUAAUUUAUUACUAUUUAUUGAGAACAAAAGUAGCUCUCAUAGAUGUACCAUAUACUGUACUGUAGAUAUUGCAUGGCUUUUUGUAACUGUAGCAGCAAAUUGUCAGUGUUUCCAAUUAAUUAGGUCAUUAAUGCCUAACUUGUCCCACCACUGAUUCUUAAUGAACCCCCCAAAAAACACUUCUCAUAAUAACAUGAAAGAAUUAUAGCGUAGUGUUUUGCGCCAUUGCUUCAUUAGAGCUACGCGCCCUUGGCUCAACUGUCUGUCUGUCUGGCUCUGUCUCCCCCCAACAAACUGACUACAGACCAGCACGACAGGAGAAAUCCAACCGUGUCAGUUAUACCAUCUCUGGCAGAACCCUGUAUAUUAUCAGUAAUUUCUGCUUUAGAUUCAGGCAGGCAUGCAUUUCUCAACAGGCAGGCAGACAUCACCAUAGAGUAACACCACCACAACCCAACACAGAUAGAUUCAAAUUCAGUGGGAAACACUGCAUAAAGUACAUUGUGUGCAUAUAUGAUACAUGUAAAGCAUAGGGUAAACAAGGUAUAUAAAUAGAGAGAGAA